AUGGCUUCCUCAAGCAGGGCUAUUGCCAGCCUCCUGUUCUUAGUAGCCUUGAUGAGCCUACUAAUUACUCCAGCGGUCUCCUUUCGUGCUUAUCUAGGCAACGGUGAUUUAUUGGUGCAGAACGACUUCAUUAUUAGCUCCGGCUUGACACUCACGCUGCGCGAUUGUAAGCUCGAAUUCCGUGACCUUUCCUAUAGACUGGUCUGGAAAUCAGACAACAAGGAAGUUGGGAAAAGCUGCACGGCCGGUUUGAAUGGUGAUGGCUUGCUCGUCAUUAAUUCUGGAACAAAAGAUGUCUGGAAAAGCAAAAACAAGAGUGGAGGCACGUUUCCCUUUCUGGUCAUCAUCAAAGAGGACAAGCCCUAUGCUGCAGAGAUCAUAGACCGCAAUAAUGAGGUUCUGUGGUCCAGCAUUAAGGGCAACAAUUAA